AUGUGGCAGGUCCUGCUGUUUCUGCUGCUGCCGCCCACGGUUCUGUGCCCUAGCCGAGCAGAGCCGUCCCAGGGCAGGGUCCCUCUUUUCCGGCUCACUCAGUUCCCCUGGGGUAGUGCUGGCAGCAACGCUACGAGCUCGCCCUGCGAGGGGAUUCCCUCCGCGGGGGCCACGGCCUUGACCCUGGCUAAUCGCAGCUUGGAGCGCCUACCCAGCUGCCUGCCACCCGCGUUGCGUAGCCUCGACGGCAGCCACAACCUGCUGCGCUCCCUGAGCGCGCCGGAGCUCGGCCACCUGUCGCAGCUGCAGGUGCUGACGCUGCGCCACAACCACAUCGCCACGCUGUACUGGGGCCCCGGCGGGCCCGCCGCGCUGCACUCGCUGGACCUCAGCUACAACCGCAUCGCCGCGCUGCCGCCGUGCGCCGGGCCCGCGCUGCGCAGCCUUGGCGCUCUGACGCUCGCCGGGAACCCGCUGCCGGCGCUGCAGCCCCGGGCCUUCGCCUGCUUUCCCGAGCUACGGUUCCUCAACCUCUCGUGCACUGAGCUGGGCCGCGGAGCCGCGGAGGCCAUCGCCAAGGAGGCGUUCGCGGGGGCGGACGGCGCGCCGCUGGCCACGCUGGAGAUCUUGGAUCUCAGCGGCACGUUCCUGGAGCGCGUGGAGUCCGGGUGGAUGCGAGACCUGCCGAAUCUCACAUCCCUCUACCUGAGGGGGAUGCCCAGGCUGCAGACCCUGGAGGGGGACAUUUUCAAGAUGACGCCUCGCCUGCAGCACCUGGAUUGUCAAGACUCCCCGGCACUUACCUCUGUCCACACGGCCAUCUUUCAAGAUACUCCUCACCUCCAGCUUCUUCUGCUGCAGAACUGCAACUUGAGUUCCUUCCCGCCUUGGACCCUAAAUUCCUCCCAGCUCCUAUCCAUCAACCUCUUUGGCAACCCCCUCACUUGCAGCUGCGAGUUGUCGUGGCUCCUCACGGAUACAAACAGAACUGUCCUCAGCAGGGCAGCAGAUACCAAGUGCGCCCCCGCUGCGGGAUCCAGUGGCCCCUUCCCGGCCCCUCUCUCCCUCCUACAGCUGCACGUCGUGUGCCAGACCGACCAAAGCACCACCCCUCUUGCUCCAAAUGCAUCCUCCUUCCACGGCUCCACCCACGCAUCAUCCAUACGGGGGCUCUCCACCGGCUCCACUCAGCCUGCAGGGGGCCAGCGGAGCGUCACCAAGGCGCCCUCGCUCCCGAUGGCUCCCCUCACUGGAGCUGCGGGGCCGCCCAGCGCUGUCGGGGAGGGGACCGCCGCCUGCACCCCCAGCCGCGCAGAGGGGUACAGCAAACCCAGCGUCCCACCCAGGGCUGCCAGCACAGCCGAGAGCGAGCCCCGAGGAGCAGCAGCACACGGUGUACACCUUGUCCGUGAGCCUGGCAGUUCAGCUGCGUCCACGCCGCCGGCCAGCCAACGCCCCGGACCGGUCCCUGCUUGGCGGGACCCUUUGGGCACGCCCCAGCCCCAGUCGAGGACGCGGGCAGGCGCCCAGGCUCCCCACGCGAGCCCUUCCCAGGGCGAGAUCCCAGUCUUGCUGUUGGACGACUACAGUGACGCCGAGGAGGGGACGUCGGCGGAGGUGGGGGCACCUCCCCGCGACGUGGCGUGCGAUUACCACCCCUGCAGGCACCUGCAGACCCCAUGCGCAGAGCUGCAGAGGCGCUCGCGGUGCCGGUGCCCCGGCCUCAGCGGAGAAGACGCCGCCCCAGACCCUCCGCGGCUGCAGGGGGUGUCGGAGACGACCGACACGUGGGCGCUCGUCCGCUGGUGCGCCCCCAACUCGGUGGUGCGCGGGUACCAGAUCCGCUACUCCGCGGAGGGCCAGGCGGGGAACGCGUCGGUGGUGGGGGGCAUCCCUGCCACGGCCCGGGAGCACCCGCUGUACGGGCUCGCGCCGGCCACCACCUACCGCGUGUGCGUGCUGGCGGCCAACCGCGCGGGCCUGAGCCGGCCGCGGGCCUCGGGCCUCAGGAGCCCAUGCGCCGCCUUCAGCACCAGGCCCAGCUCGGGGCUCAUCCUGGCGGGGCUGUGCGCCGCCAGCGGCCUGCUGCUCGCCUGCAGCCUCGUGCUGGCCGCGUGUCUCUGCAGCAGGCGGUGCCGGACGCCACGGCCCCCGCAGCCACAGGACACGCAUCUGGUGGCCUACCGAAACCCGGCCUUUGACUACCCGCUGAAGCUGCAGACCCUCAGCUAG